AUGUUUGGAUAUCUUGCGCCAGAGUAUGCCAUGCGUGGACACCUUACAGAGAAAACGGAUGUGUAUGCCUUUGGUAUUGUGGCUCUCGAGCUGGUCAGUGGAAGGAAAAACUCUGAUGAGAACUUGGAUGGUGAAAAAAGAUAUCUUCUUGAAUGGGUACCCGGUCUAAUCGUGGCGCAACACAACACAACACAGGCAUGGAAUCUACACGAGAAGAGCAGUGAAGUUGAAUUAAUAGAUGACGAGCUGAGUGAAUUCAACAUGGAAGAAGUGAAACGCGUGAUAAGCAUUGCUCUGCUGUGCACUCAGGCAUCUCAGCUGAGACCACCAAUGUCACGUGUGGUGGCCAUGCUUUCUGGAGACGUUGAGGUCAGUGAUGUCACCUCUAAGCCAAGCUACCUACCCGACUGGGGAUUUGAUGACACCACAGGCUCCUCUUUUAGCGCUUUCCAGACCAAAGACACGGGCGCUUCUGGAUCCUACUCCACCAGCUUCGUGACCCCUAAAGACGGCGAUUAUAAGCCAAUGCUUGGAGUCAAGAUCAAUGAGGGGAGAUGA